GUGAACGUGUUUCCUGCCUUGUCUCCCCCCUCCAGAAACACACACACACAGUCAUAGCUGAAGUGAAUGCGGAGAGAGAGGAGGGGAAAGCAGAGCUCAAGCGAAAGAAGGUUAGCCAGCAGCGAGUUAAGAAAAUGGCGAUCAUGCAGGACGGAUGCCUCCCCUCGUAGAUGCUGCAAACGCGUUGAAAUUAUUUUAGCCUUACAGCCGGCUUUCCUUUCCACUCUGUUGCACUUUAUACUUCAAUGAGGUAAGGUUGGGUUUACUGUGUUUUUGACCAGAUGGUCGUGUCUUUUCGUCGAGCUUAUGUACACAGAGAGAGAGAGACGGGAGAAGGGAGACCGGAGACCGGAGACUGGUCUAGAGAAGUUGGAACAGCCGCUGUUGUUUAGUUAGCCGCGACUGAGCUAAGCUAACUAGCCUCCUGGUUGAGCUAACAGUGAGGGCGGCUGUGUUGCAAUGCAGUGGACGUAAAGAGGAAAAAAAACAGCAUAUCGGCUUGUGUUGGCCUGCAGAUGACUGAACGUUUCAAGGCUUGUUUGACAGGCAAACAUUUGCUAUUUGUGGACAACUUAACCUUGUGCUAACGCUAACUAGUACGAGCGCUGGUUAACCUUACCUCGCCAACCCUGCGCACAUAUCUGUCAAAAGAUCAUAUUAAGCAUUUAGGUAGAGAUUAUUGUGUUUACAGAUUGGUCUAUCGGCAGCUUAUCGUUGUUUGGUUCCACGUACCGCUGUGUGUAUUAAAACCCCAGUCGACACAUCUGAAAUAAGACCGGAGAUUUGGAAUUGGAAGCUGUAGCCACCAAAGAAGCUGAAGCAUCUUAACAGGGAACAAACCCACAGAGGGAAGAACAGUGGAUGGAAGAGAGAGAGAGACGGAGAGUGUGACGAGGAAGGAGGAUAAGAAGAUACAGGUCUGGUCAAAAGUGCCAGAGCAUACCAAGUGAAGGCAGAGUCCUAAAUCUGAACCACAUCCCCCCCUUCCCCCUCCCCACACAUACACCUGUACACACACAAACGCUCACGCAUACAGUCUUCAGCAAUGCCAAGGGGGCCUGAUCAGCCUGCUGCCCGCUCUGACAAGCCCUGCUUCUUCACCUCAGACCCUUGAGGCUGUGCCCUCUGAGCUUUGACCUUUUGACCUCCCCUUUGUCGACCUGGGAACCAGAGGUCACCUGUUCUCCACUCAACCCGGGGACGCCCUCCUGCCCAUCCAGGAGCCGCAUCCACAAACCCCACUCACAGGCAUGGCUCCCAUUCGGGAUUCCGUCAGCCACUCCCCUAAUCAAACAGGUCUGGAGCAUUCUGGCUUGGAUUCUCAGUAUGAGCCUUCCCCCUGGUCCUCUGGCUCUCCCUGCAGCAGUGACAGCAACAGCAACUGGGGCAAAGUCCUAGUCGACGGAAGCACCGACAAACCCAACAACCCUUCUUCAACUAACUCUGUCUGGCCUCCCUCCUCCUCUUCAUUCUCUUGCUCUUCGUCUUCUUCCUCUUCUGGCUGUGGAUCAGGAUCAGACCCUGAGUUGGCAUCAGAAUGCAUGGAUGCAGACUCUAGCUCCUCGAUCGGCUCAGAGAAAAACCUUGCUGCUGUGACAACAGUGAUGAUGAUGUCAGCAAAUGCUUCUUCCUCUGUGUCUUCUACGGCUUCUUCCCCCUCCUCUAUGGUGACUUCUGCCAUGAUGGUCGGCGUUUCAGUGAAUGGAGACAGCAAUGGCAACAGUCGUCAGGUAAAUGGUGGAGGGAUGGGAACCAUCGGCGGUGCAAGUAAUGGAAAUAAUAACAUCACCGGGCCCUCCCACUACUCCGUGGCCGGGUCCAGCAGUAUUGGCAGCAAUAACAUGGGUAACCACAACAACAAGCCCGUCAAUAACAGUAGUGUAUGGGGCACCCAGUCAGGCAGCAACAUGAUCACCACUGGCGGAAGCACCCCUUGCAUCAAUGGAGGGUUAAACCCAAACACUUUAAACCCAAAUGCCAACCACGGUGCCUGGCCCCAGAAUCCAACCCCAAGCCCAGUGUCCCAGGGCCAACGGCCUCCCCAGGCUCCAGGGAUGAGUUCCAAACUGGGUCUAGCUCCCCAACAGGCCCCCAUCCUGGGCUGGGGUAGCAUGGCAGCUCCAAACAGCAGUAUGAUGGAAGACACUGAGGUGAAUAAUGGUACAGCAAGCAGCAAGGUGUUAGGAAGCAGCAACAGUGGAAAUGGUGGCCUACAGCCUACCAACCUUAACACUGAAUCCAAUGGACCAAAUAACACUAUUAUGAUGAAUACUACUACUACUACUACUAAUGCCACAAUGACCUCUAGUCCACCAAACUCUACCGCCUCACCCCAGCUCAGCGGGGAUUCCUGGGGCUCUAUUGGAGGAGGGAAUGGGGGUCCGCUGGCCAAUGGAAACCCCUCAUCAGCCACCCAGCACCCCCAAGGAGAGCUGGGGGGUCCUGGAGCCUUCGGUACGCCUUGGGGCGCAACUACCUACCCUGGAGACAAGGGCCACCCAAAUGCAGACACUGUGAACCCCCAAAACCCUGCCUUAAUGCAGGCUGGGAACCCCCAAAUCUCCUCUACUGCUGCUUACAAGAGUAAUAAUAACCACAAUAACACUGGGGCCCCACGCUGGGACCAGGGGCCCACCAAUAACCCAAACCAGACCCAGAGUAACUUGUCCUGGGGUAUCGGUUCAAAUCAAAUCCCAGGCUCUGCAGGCCAAACACCAGGAAAUGGCAACCAAACUACGAUUGGCCCUCCAGCAGGGAUGCCUCGCCCAUGGGGGAGCAGUGCGUCAUCCUCUUCCUCGUCCUCAUCAUCCUCUUCCACAUCUAACAACAAGAUGUCAAAUGGAGAAUGGGGAUCAACAGCUCCUGUUAACAACCAUUCAGAUGCUGGAAGUCAUAAAGGAAGCUCUGCCAACAAUGGCUGGAAGAGCCUGGAGGAUGACGCCAUGGGCGUGGGAGGUGGAGGGGGAGGAGGUGGGAGCCAUGGAUUGGCGAGUGUCACUGGAGGCUGGAAUCGCUCUGGAGGAAGUGAAGGAAGCGGCGAGAGCUCCGGAGGCCGAUCCAGCUCAGACAGAGACGGCAGCCAGUCAAAAGGGGGAAACCGCAGAAAGGGUACCCCCCAUGCUGCACCAGUAGUGCUACCUGUGUCCAGGGGCGAUGUGGACCCAAGGGUUCUUUGCAACACUGGAUGGGGACAGACGCCCAUACGCCAGAACACUGCGUGGGAUGUCACUUCUACUUCUAACAAUCAGCACCAGGGUCCCAGAGGUGACGAAAGAAAGCAUAGCAGCGGAGGCUCCGGCUGGGGUACAGCAACACCGGCAGCUCCCUCCCAGACCUCUGGAGGUUGGGGGGGUGGGCCCGGCAGCUCAGGCCCAGGUACAGGAGGUUCUGGCUGGGGAGAGCGCCCAACCUCUGGGUGGGACAGCAAAGUCUCAUCAAACGGAGGAGGUGGGCAGAGUGGCUGGGACAAUGGAUCCAGCUACAAGGGGAGCAACAACACCAGUAACACCUGGAGCAAUAACAUUAACAAAGAUGACAGGUCCAAUACCUGGACUAAUGCACCCAAACCACAGCAGGGUUGGGGUUCCAAUAGUGGAAAUGGAAGUGAAGGCUGGGGUAAUGGUGGAGAUGGUGCCAGACAAGGGCCCAACAACCACUGGGGUGAGACCCAAAAAGGUGCAGGCUCGGUGAGUUGGGACAGCGACAGCGACAGAUCUGGCUCUGGAUGUUGGAGCGAGCCAAGCCGAACCAACACCAGCAGCAGCAACACCUGGGUAGGGAGUGGAGGAUCAAAUACUCCAGACCAGAACACAACAAACCCAGGUUCCCACUGGGGCGACUCAGUCCACAAACCCAGUCCUCAGAGUAACAGCCAGGGCUGGGGUGAGCCAGUUAAGAACAACCAUGGAGCCCAGAACUGGGGUGAGCCGAAUCCCAAGCCCUCCAACGAGUGGGGAAAAGGUCCUGAAUCCAACACGUCCAGAGACAAUCAAGGCCCUAACAAGCCCACAGGUUGGCUAGGAGGCCCCAUUCCCACAGUAGGUCAGAAGGAGGAAGUGGCAACUGGGUGGGAAGAGCCUUCUCCAGAGUCCAUUCGUCGGAGGAGAGAAAUCGAUGAUGGGACAGCAGCUUGGGGAGACCCGGGUAAAUACAGCGGUGGAGCUGUCAACAUGUGGAACAGGACUGGCCAGUCAGACCAGGAGGCCAUGGGCCCAUCCUCUCAGCACCAGUCCCACCCACCACAUAGCUCGAAGCAUCCUCCUCAGCCCAUGCAACCUAUUGCCCAGGACAAAAGCUGCAGUUCUGGUUGGGGCGAGCCUUACUCCCAGCAGAAGGAGUCCUCAACGUGGGGGGAACCUACCACUGCACCACCUGUGACGGUGGACAAUGGGACAUCUGCCUGGGGGAAGCCCAUGGACACCAGCUCCAGCUGGGACGAACCCAGCAGCAGCAGCAGGAGCAGCAGAGAGUCUGGGUCUGGAUGGGGCAGCCAGCACAAAUCUGCUCCAGGUCCCAAACCCAUGGAGACAUGGUGUGGUGAGGAGGUUUCCAUGGGCAAUAGCUGGGACCAGGAAGAGGAGGUGGAGAUCGGCAUGUGGAGCAACAGCCAACAGGACAACCGGUCUCAUGACCAAAACACCUGGAACUACAAGCAUAAAGGCUCCAACAAGAUGAACAAACCAGUCAACAAACAGGAUGAACCCUGGAUGAAACCCUUCAUUAACCAGUUCAACAGCAUGAACUUCUCUAGAGACUCUCCUGACGACUCCAUGAAGACAGGAGCAGGGAUGGUGCAGGACAAGCGUAUGGACAUGGGCAGUAUGGGAGACUUCAAUGGAGUAAUGGGGAAGAACCCUGGGUCUCGACACCAGCUCCAUAAGGAGUCUGCCAUGGAUCGCAGCUCUUACUAUGACAAGCUGUCUGUUUCCCCCUCUGCUUACGAUAGCCAAACUUCUGAUGAGCUCUCCUCCAAUCAAAGCAUGAGCUUUUCCCCUUCCAAUUCUGCUCAGCCUAUUCCCUGUCUCAACUCUGGGCCGUCUCCUGCCCACUCUAGUCCUGGGGGCGCUCGGCAGAAUGUAAACCCCAUGAUGGGUGGCAGCAGCGUAGCACAGGGCCGAGGCGGCCCCCAGUCCCAGGUCCCCCCCCAACCCAACCUUCGCAACCAAGUGCCUCCACCCAUCCUGCCCUCUCAGGUCCCUCCAUCCCUGUUGAAGUACCCAGGAGGUAACGGAGGUCUGAACCCUCUGUUUGGCCCUCAGCAGGUAGCUAUGCUCAGCCAGCUCUCCCAGCUCAACCAGCUGUCACAGCUCAGCCAGAUCAACCAGUUACAGCGUCUUCUCCUCCAGCAACAGCAGCAGCAGCAAACACGUCCUAUUGGUUCGUCACCAUCAAUGAUGCAGCCCCCACGGCACCUGGACCCCUCCCUGCUGAAACAGGCCCCACCCCACAAACCGUACCUGGAUAACUACUUGUCCCACAAUACCCCUGAGAUGCAGAAGGAUGCUGCUUCUCUCGGAUCCUACAACAACUUCCCUUUAAGCUUGAACUCUAACCUGAAUGUAUCCCUGGACAUGGGUGUUGGUGGUGGUAGUGGUGGCGGAGCUGUGAGCUACAAAGAGCCGCCCCAGUCCAAACUGAAGAAACUUUGGGCUACUGACCCUCUGGAGCAGAACAGCAAACCUGGUGCUAUGUCGUCUGGGCUGCGUCUGGAGGACUCUCCCUUCUAUGACUUCCUGUCUCCUGGCCCAUCUCCCCUGAGUCCUCCCGGCCAAUCAAUGGGCUCGGUGGGCGAUGGCUGGCCGCCCCGUGCCAACUCCCCCCCGCCCCAUGGAAACACUGUCACCUGGCCCCCAGAGUUCCGGCCCGGGGAGCCUUGGAAAGGUUACCCCAACAUUGACCCUGAGACUGACCCUUAUGUGACCCCCGGCAGUGUCAUCAACAACCUCUCCAUCAACACCGUCCGCGACACAGACCACCUCAGGGACAGGAACAACGGGCCAUCCUCAUCACUGAACACCACGAUGCCUUCUAACAGUGCCUGGUCAUCCAUUCGUGCCUCCACCCACAGCGGUUCCCUCACCAGUACAGCACAAAGCACUUCAGCCAGACCCAGCGAGUCAAAGUGGUCUCCCGGCGGUGGUUCUGUGUCCAACUCCUCCCUGGCCCAUGAGCUGUGGAAGGUCCCCCUGCCUCCCAAGGCGCUGUCUGUGGCGGCCCCCUCUAGACCACCACCCGGCCUCACCAGCCAGAAGCCCAGCUCUGCCUCCUCCGGCUGGGACGGCUCUGCCCUGAGGCUGGGAGGGUGGGGCUCCUCUGAGUCCAGAUACACACCUGGUUCCAGUUGGGGUGACAGCAGCAGCUCAGGGAGAACCCAAUGGCUUGUUCUGAAGAAUCUCACACCUCAGAUUGACGGCUCUACCCUGAGGACCUUGUGCAUGCAGCACGGCCCUCUGAUCACAUUCCACCUCAACCUGGUGUGUUUUGGGGAACACUACUAUUCUGGCUGACUUUGCCAGCGAGGAGGAAAUCAACCGUUUCUUUGCACAAGGGCAGUCAUUGGCCACUCCCUCCUCUAGCUGGCAGACCAUCGGCUCCUCUCAGAGCAGAAUGGAUCAGUCUCACCCCUUUCCCAGCCGUGCUCCUGAACCUAACCAGUGGAACAGCAGCGAUCUCCACAGCUCCUCCCUCUGGGGCGGGCCCAACUAUUCCAGUAGCUUGUGGGGGAGCCCCAGUGGCACAGAGGCAGGGAGGAUCAGCAGCCCUUCUCCAAUCAGCUCCUUCCUCCCGGUGGAUCACCUGACAGGGGGAGGGGACUCCAUGUGAACCGCCUGCCAAUCAAACAGGCUGGGGGAAGGGUCAGUAGAGAAUUAUCAAUAAUCAUCAGAAGAAAAUGAAAAAAAAAAAAAAA